CCAGAAACAUCCAUAGGACAGGAAUUGCACGAAGCACGCAUGCCUGCCUGGGAGUGGGAGUAGCCACAGAAUCUGAUCACAUCUAAUCGCCUUCUUUCUCACUCUCCCCACUUCAUCGAUAUCGCUUGCUCUGCUCUGCUCUUCUUCCCACUUUCCCAACCUCGAUUGAGAUGGGAUGCAAGAUUUUCUAGAAAACAGGAAUCUAUUAUCAGCUGCACUGCACUUCUUCUCCAUCGCCAUUUUCUUCCCAAACUAACUUCGUCUUGGUGGUGGGGUGGCCUUCUUCCUCUCCUCUCUGUCUUCGCCUUCUUCUUUCUCGUCCAUGGAAAUCCUCACUAAAGAUACGUAGAAAGGGAAACCACACACUCCAAAGUAGGGGCAAGUUCAACAGCAUACUAAAUAGGCUAGAUUUGGGUGUUCUACAAUUCUACCUCAACCAAACCCACCCACCCCGAGAUUAUCUGCGGCUUCAGAAUGCAAGUCCUGGCUUUUCAGAGGCCUCAGGUUUUAGGGACGUCGGAAAAGGGCGCCAUGACUAACACUUCCCCAGUUUCUGCUUUGAUUUCUUCUCUGCCCUUCUCUCCUCUCUCGCCCAGAAGAGUUUUUGCACCAUUUUCGUCUUCGCGAUGCAAGAAAACAUCCAUGUUGAGUAUGCACAGAAGAAAAAUCAAAGCAAAUGCGUCUAACAUUGGCACAGGAUCUGGUGGGUAUGAUGAAAGACAUGAAAAUGAGAGUCAGAGUUUCUCUCUCAAUGAACAGCACAGUGAUGCUUCUUUAAAAAGUGACUCUGAGCGAUCUCCUAAUCGAAUUCCUUAUCCUUUCUCUAUAGUUCUUGUGCUGGGUGCAUGUGCUUUGACAUGUUUAUUGGUAAUCAUCAUCAAAGGGCCUUCAUCACUCUUGCCUGCACUUGCAAAAUCGGGGUUCACUGCUGCAUUCUCUUUGAUAUUUGUUUCUGAAAUCGGAGACAAGACUUUCUUCAUUGCUGCGCUCUUGGCAAUGCAAUACGAUAAACUGCUGGUACUUUUGGGAUCAAUGGCUGCCCUAUCUCUCAUGACAGUCCUUUCUGUUGUAAUUGGUCUAAUAUUUCAUUCUGUCCCUUCUCAAUUUCAAACAACUUUGCCUAUUGGAGAAUAUGCAGCUGUUACCCUUCUCAUGUUCUUUGGUCUUAAAUCAAUAAAAGAUGCAUGGGACCUUCCAUCAACAGCUGCUAAAGGCGGCUCUAUGACCAACCGUGAAUCUGAUGAAUUUGCUGAAGCUGAGGAACUUGUAAAGGAAAAGGUGUCUAAACGGCUUUCAAAUCCGCUCGAAGUUAUUUGGAAGUCAUUCAGCCUCGUAUUUUUUGCUGAAUGGGGAGACCGAUCAAUGCUGGCAACAAUAGCUCUUGGAGCCGCACAGUCGGCAUGGGGAGUGGCGAGUGGAGCCAUUGUGGGUCACCUGCUUGCUACAUCCAUUGCAAUACUAGGGGGCGCAUUGCUCGCCAACUACAUAUCUGAAAAACUGGUUGGAUACAUUGGUGGAGGUUUAUUCCUAGUUUUUGCCAUCGCCACAUUUUUCGGAGUGUUCUAGCCAGCUGUAGCAUUCGGCCAUAUAAUUUUUCGGUGAAACCAAACUUUGGAGUGGAGGAGCUAUUGAAUAUGAUAAAGUGAUAGAAUUCUUGUUGUAACCUGAAUUUCUCGAUUCUUUAUUUUUAGACCUAAAUUUAUUUAUGCGGAUGAAUUAAAUGGUGCGUUUAGGGUGACCUGAGCUGAUAUGAUCCUGAUGUAUUUAUUGCUCAAAAAGCAUUGAUUUUAUUUGUAAAGACACUUCUGUAAGAUACUUUAAUUGGUGUUGCACUCCAUCCAAUCCAAUCGUGUAAGUUAUGUUAA